AUGUGGGAAUUACUGGCGGUUUUACUAGUUGCCUUUCAUUGGUUUUGUAUCCGGCCCCACAAAUAUUGGAGAAAUAAGGGCGUUCAUCAGGGAAAAUCAUUGUGGUUAUUGGGCGACGCCUGGGGAUUUGUCUUUAGACUUCACAGUUUCGCGGAACUGCUUCAAUACCUCUACAAAAAAUUUCCUCAAAGGAGAUAUUAUGGAGCAUACUUAUUCAACUACCCCAUUUUGGUAGUAAAAGACCCCGAUUUGAUCAAAGAAAUCACAAUUCGAGAUUUCGAGCACUUCGAAGACCAUAGUGCUUGGUUACCGGAACAAUCGGAUCCAUUAUGGAACCAAAAUUUGUUCUCUCUAAAAGGCCAAAAAUGGAAAGACCUGAGGAACUUCUUCAGGCCGACGUUCACCAGCAGCCGCAUCAAGACCAUGUACAAGCUGAUGAACCGCUGCGCCGAGAGCUUCGUCGAAUAUUUCGCCGAGAAAGAAGAGGACCUCAUCGAAGUCGAUCUCAAAUACACCUUCAAGCGGUUCACUUGCAACGUCAUCGCCACCACGGUCUUCGGCGUGCGAGUGGAUACGCUGAGGAAGCCCGACAGCCGCUUCUACCAGAUGGGCUUGGAAGCCACCAACACCUCCGGCUUCAGGUCGUUCAUUUAUCUGCUACACUACCUCUUCCCGGAGUCGGUUCUCAAGUUCUUGCGAAUUAAAGUGUACAGCGAAAACGUGCGAACGUUUUUCUCCAAUUUGGUGGAAGAUACGAUGAGGACCAGAGAAGAGCAGAACAUAUACCGACCCGAUUUGAUCCAAUUGAUUUUGGAUGCGAAAAAGGGAAAAUUGAUUAAAGAGGAUAACGUUAUCGAUAGAGGUUUUGCUGUAGCGCGUCAAGAGGAAAAUUACGGUACGAGCGAUACGCAUGCUAGAGAUAUCACUAACACCGAAAUAACGGCGCAGGCUUUAAUAUUCUUCUUUGGAGGUUUCGAUACGGUUUCGGCUCUGAUGAAAUUCACAGCUUACGAAUUGGUAGUGAAUCAGGAAAUCCAACGAAAAUUGCGGGCGGAAAUUAACGAAAAAUACGCUAAAUGCAACGGGGCGAUUUCCUACGAGGAAAUCCUCGAUAUGAACUAUCUAGAUAUGGUCAUUUCAGAAUGUUUAAGAAAAUGGCCCAGCGGUCUAGCGGUAGAAAGAGUUUGCACCAAGUCGUACGUGAUCCAGCCGAAACUACCAGACGAGCGAGAAGUCACCCUCGACGUGGGAACCUUGAUCACUAUACCGACCUUCGGCAUCCACCGAGACCCCGAAUACUAUCCCGAUCCGGAGGUGUUCGAUCCGGAACGCUUCAACGAGGAAAACAAACGGCUCAUCAAACCCUACACGUUCUUCCCCUUCGGAUUGGGCCCCAGGAACUGCAUUGGCUCCCGCUUCGCCAUUUUGGAAGCCAAGGUCCUGCUCGUACAUCUCCUGAGGCGAUUCGAGAUCGUCCCCACCGAGAAAUCCACCAUCCCCAUCGGCAUCAAUCGCAGCGAUUUUCAUCUCGACGGCAACGGGUUCUGGUUCGGUUUGAAAAAGAUAACAAAAAUCGACUAA